GACAGGUGCGCCGAUUGCUGGCGAUUGAUUGCAGCUGCUUGCUGCAGCCGGACUGACGCGCGCCCGGCGCAACGCACACAUUAAUAGGUCGAAAAGGAUUCGCAAAUCAUUCAAUUCUGUUUUUAUUUACGAUUUACACAACGUGCCAACUUCACCGGUUUGGGGUUUUUGUAGAAUUUUGAGGACAUAAAUGAAUUCAUUCCAUUUUGGAGUAAGACCGUAACAUAACAAAAUGUGGGAAAAGUGAAUACUUCCGGGAUCAUACAUGUCAACAAAACAUAGACCUGCCUCUCCUGUGUGAGGACUGCAGGGCAAGGCCUGUGAGGUUACCGUGGCAACCAAGCCCCUCCCUUAGGCUUGCGGGGGAGGUGUUUUGAAAGUUGAGUGCGUGUGUGAGAGAGACACGGAGAAUUGGGCGUGGGUGCUCGGUAGUCAAAUCAAAGAAGCGCGACACCCAAAGUUCACUCCACGGGGGACACGUCUGUGAGAGACAGGUAACGCCGUAAUUUGCGCUUUUUGUGCGUGUGACUAAAGCACCUGUGAGCCAUGGAAGGAGAGGCACCUCACGCCGAGGCAUCCCAGGCCGAGCCCGGCAGCGUGUCGGGCAGCACACGCACACUCCCGCAGCAGGCCACCGAGAACACGGAGCUCCUCAUCCCGGGCUGCAGCACGCCGUUGGCGCCGUCCCCACCCAGCCCGCGUAGCACUCUCUCCCGACUGGGCUUAAAAAGUCCCACCAGCCCCGCCGCCCCCGCCAGCCCCGGUGCCGGCGGCCCGGUGAGCCCCGGCGGCCCGGUGAGCGCCAUCACCGUGGUGGCCCUGCUGGAUAAGCUGGUCAACAUGAUGGAGGCGGUGCAGGACAACCAGCAGCGCAUGGAGCAGCGGCAGGCCGACCUGGAGGGCGCCGUGCGGGUCGUGCAGGGCGACGUGACUCGCCUGUCCAAGGCGCACAUGGGCACCUCCAACUGCGUCAGCAAGCUCCUGGAGCGCUCCCGCAAGAUGGGCGGCCACCUGAAGGAGGUGCGGGAUCGCCUGGACAGGCAGGCCGUGCAGGUGAAGAAGCUGGAGGCCAACCACAGCCACCUGCUCAAGAGGAACCACUUCAAAGUCAUCAUUUCCCAGGAGGACAAUGAGAUCCCUACCAGUGUGAUGGUUAAGGAUUCCUUCAGGACCCCUCAACCAAGCCUGUAUGAUGCAGAAUCUACCCUGCCAAAUUUGUCGGUUGCCAGCUCUGUUGAUGGCAUCCAUACACAGGAUGAAUGUCUCCAGACCAUCAGCCUUUCCUCGGAUGACGAAGAGGAUCAGGGAAGCAUGUUCGAUUCAGGGGCUGCGGGUACUUCCCAAUCGUUUGAGAGAAGGUCCGACAAGUUUAAGCGCUCCAGUCUGAAGAAGGUCGAUAGUAUUAAGAAGGCCUUCUCACGCCAGAGCAUUGAGAAAAAGAUGGCACAGAUCACCACCAAGAUUGUUCCCCCAGAAAAGCGGGAAAAAAUCAUGAAGAGCCUCAGUCCGACACACUCCAAGAGUCCUACCAAAGGCUCUUUAUUGAAGGGGUCUCCCAUAACGUUAAAUGCCAAGAAAACCAGAGAUGGCGAGGGUCCCUCACAAGACCUGGCCUCGGGGGGAGAAGCGCAUGUGGAGAUUCCUCCACUGGAAUGCUUAGAUAGAGAACCCCCUUUGGCUGAGGUGCACCCCCAGGAAGGUGUCGUGCAGAAGAGUGGGGAAAUGCUGAAUCAGUCCAUCUCGGACACCAUGAAAGCAGAUCUGUCAAUCAAUGGAGAAGCACCAAGCAUCCAGUGCGAAUUAAACGGCAAUCGUUCGGCUGGUCUCGCAGUCCCAGAGCGUGAUGAUGAUGUUGGUGAGGAUGAAGAAGAGGAAGGAGAAGAAGAUGACCACAAAAGCGAAGUCAAGACAGCAGUAAAUGUGCAGACUCCUACGACAACGGUUUCUGUGGAGCAAGCCUCUUAAUGUUUUAGGGUUGACCGUCACCAUUCUUCGAUAUUAGAUAUUCUCAUGUACACACAUUGAUACACAGUAGACAACGAUCCUUACAUUCAAAGUUGUUUGACUAUGGAUGUUCUCGUUCAUCCAGGUCAUUGUAUUCUCGACGCAUUCAAUUGAUCGCACCUCGACUGUUUGUUUUCUCUAGAGAGAGGUUUCGCCUCUCAUCCAAGUAGGCUUCAUCAGUUCAUACUCCUAGACUUAGGUUGGUCAGAACUAGUCUGACCGUUCAGCCAACCGAGAUCUGACCAAUCUAUGUCAAAGACUAGAUCUGACCAAUCUAAGUCUAUGAGCAGGAACUGAUUAAACCUACUUGGAUGAGAGGCGAAGCAUCUUCUGAGACAGUCCAGUUGCAAUCAAUUCAAUGCUCUGAGAACUCAAAGUUGUUUUUCUACGGAUGUUCUCAUUCAUCCAGGUCAUUGUAUUCUCAGGGCAUUCAAUCGAUCGCAGCUGGACUGUUUGGUUUCUCUUGGAAGAGGUUUCGCCUCUCAUCCAAGUAUGCUUCAUCAGUUCAUGUUCAUAGAAUUAGAUUGGUUAGAAGCUAGAUCUGACCAAUCUAAGACUAGAUCUAUGUCUAUGAGCAUGAACUGAUGAAACCCUUGGAUGAGAGGCGAAGCAACUUCUAAGACAGCCCAGUUGCGAUCAGUUGCCCUGAGAAUUCAAAGUUGUUAUGUUCAAUGGUAGUCCAACAUUCCUGCAACAAUGCUUUUGACAAUCACCGGCGUGGUCUAAAGGACUUGACACAGACUGCAUUAACUUAGAUGUCAUAAAACACUGCUCACAAUUUCAGUAGGAGCAUCUCCAGGGCAGUGGUCCAACUAUCUCCCUCUCGUCUGCCUCUCCUGUUGGAUGUGAAAAACAGCCUCUUUGUGCUCCUUCUUUUUUUUUUGAUUGUGAAAACGAGUAAAUCUUUGGCAACAACACGGCCUGUUGAGGUGACCUUGUUGCCAGGAUGUGGAAGAGCAGGAAUGGGGAGUUUGGGUAGUUGACAUGUUUUAGAGUUGUUUUAUCGUGAACUACAGUACAGAUGUUUUUGCACAGUUUCCAAAAUCGGGCUUGAAACCUUACUAACCAGUUACUACAGUUUAUGUAUUUCACUGUCAUGUAAUCCAGGUAAAAUAAGUGUGUCGAAGCGUUUCCAUCUAGGGCCACAAACAGGAAAUUGUACAUUUAAAAAAUCUGAUGUAGGUCAAUAUAUGCUAAGCUAAAUGAACAAAACAUCCAUAUUCGCUUUGUGUUACAGCUACAAAGCAAAUUAGUCAAAUAUAUCUAAUUAUUAAUGAAUUGACUUAUUUUAUUUCAAAUAUACAGAGUUAAUAAAUGAAUGAGAGUACCGAAUUUUUCGGAGUAUAAGUCGCACCGGAGUAUAAGUCGCACCUGCCAAAAAUGCAUAAUAAAAAAGGAAAAAAACAUAUAUAAGUCGCACUGGCUAUGAAAAAAACUGCGACUUAUAGUCCGAAAAAUACGUUAAACAGGUAGCGCCAAAUGUAUUUAUUUGCGCUAAUCAGCCACGAAUAAAUAACAAAUAUUAGGUAUGAUACAUGCUGUGGCUCUGGGGUCACACUUUAGUCUUAUGUAUGAUUCAAAAAAUAAUUUCUAAUAAUAACAUCCAGUCACUUAUUAAUUGCAAAAAAAUAAUGAAAAAUAUUUAUGUAAUGUGUUAAGGAAAAUGAGAAAAAAGUAGAGGGGAUGUUAAUUUGAGCUCCGUUUUACACUUAUUUGUUUAUUUAGAGAAAUCUAAUAUGAAUGUAGUUGAAAUCCUCAUGAAUUCCUUUGCCAUUUUUUUUUCUGGGCAUUCACACUGUAUGUUUAUCUACAGAAUUUACUUGUCCAUGUAGGGCAUGCUCUGAUAUUUUGCAGAAGUAUAAGUACGUUGACUGCUUUGGGAUGGUGUACUUUAUGUGACGGAUGAACGAUUGUUUGCUACGAGGUGGUUCUAAGGCAUCCAAAUCGAAUGUUUAGUGAUACUUCUGACAUCUACCGUAUCGUUUACAAUCACUAAAACUCCCUGUCGUCCUGUGACAUGCACUUGCAUUCUCAUAACUGCCUUGGACUUGCACAUGGUAUGGAUAAAUGCACUCCUGAAAGAAUACAUUUCAUCUAUUCAUGGUGGUCCGCCACGAAUAUAUGAAUGGAUGGGAAACGCUGAUUGGCGAUAAAUGAUACAGGCUAUGUAGGUCAAGUUGGAAGGAUUGUACACAAAAGUUGCUUACGAUAUAUGGGAAGGCAACUGGGUACAAACUGAGAAUUGUGGGUAAUGCAUUAUAUUUAUGCAAAAAAUUGGCUUACGUGUCGGUUUUUAAACAAUUAUUCCCUAGAAUUUGAUGAGGCCAUCCCUUAACAAUGACAAAUAGGCCGGAGUAUCAGUCAUACUUUAUUGAGGAAGUCCAGUUGAAAGUGACAGUGCAUGUCAUACAACAGGAAUACAUUCGACUCCACCAACCCAGGUUGUAGUAAGUCCACUAUUUGCCAGAAAUCCACUGGGUUAGGUUGUAGUUUCCUGCAAGUCUAAUAUAUGGACUGGCUUUUAACUGUCUCUAGAGCAGGGGUGUCCAAACUGAAACUGGGGCCUUUUUUGAUAUUUUUCUUUGUCAAAGCCAACACACUCUUAUUUUGGAUACCAUUAGGGGUCCGCUCAAUUUUGGUGAAUGUUAAAGGUCCCAGAGGAGCCCAAAAUAAUCUGUCAUUAUAAUGUUCAAAGUUAUAUAUUAUUUUUCCGUUUUACUUUCAACGCUGAAAUGUCUAUGGAUCAACUUCAGAUCCAUGUUUAUCCAUUUAUUUCAUGUUUGCGCCCCUUUUUUUUUCUCCAAAAAAAACCCUGUUUGUUUUUAUUGGGAAAAAAACUAAAUAUACAAAAUGUUCCCCAAAACAUUUUUCAAAUUGGAAUAUUUUCUGUGAAGUAAUUGGAGCCUUGAAUAGGUAAACAGUUCGUAACAUUUUUUUUGUUUCAUUGUUUUUUUUUAACAAUGACAGUUUCAAAAGAAUCAGACCGAAAGGUCUUGUCGAUCCAAUAAGUGUUAAAAAUAACGUUUAUAUCAGGGGUCCCCAAACUAUGGCCCACGGGCCAGAUACGGCCCGCCAGCGUCCAAAAUCCGGCCCGCGGGUCUCAAGUAAAAAAACAAAAAAUGUUUUAAUUAUUUUUUUUAAUCUGUCAUAUUUAGCCCAUCCAUCAAUCUAUUUUCUACCGCUUGUUACUCUCGGGGUCUACUACGAAUCAUAUUGUCUAAAAAUGCAUUUUCCCAUCGAUAACGCAAACCGGCAAGUGCGGUCAGUCAAUUAGUGCACAAGGGGAAAAAAUGGCGAAAUUGUUGGGGAAAUGUAAAAUAGACUCAGAGUAUAGUUUUUAAAAAUCAGUGGACAUAUGACUUUUUAUUGUUCAGUGUAAGGAAAAGGCAGUUCGUCUAAUCUGCAAUGAGACAGAUAUAUAUAUAUAUAUAUAUAUAUAUA